AUGUUGCCGGACAAGUACAUUGGCCUCAUUCUGGCCAUGAGUUCCAGUUUAUUUAUUGGACUUUCAUUCAUUAUAACGAAAAAGGGUCUUAUGAACGCUAAACGACGCCAUGGUUCCUCGGCUACUGAUGGACAACACCACUACCUACGCAAUUGGACGUGGUGGGCAGGGAUGGGAACAAUGGCUGUGGGUGAAGUAUUGAAUUUCUCGGCAUAUUCAUUUGCACCUGCAAUUCUGGUUACGCCACUUGGAUCCUUGAGCGUUAUUCUGGGUGCUAUCUUUGCCUCCUUAUUUUUGAACGAAAAGUUGGAUGCCAUUGGCAAGAUUGGAUGUUUACUAUCAGUUGUGGGCGCCGUGGUCAUUGUGCUCCAUGCUCCUCAGGAUCCAGAAGUGAAAAACAUCGACGAAUUACUGUUUUAUGCCUUGCAACCAGCAUUUUUAAUGUACUGUGUAUUUGUGGUGGUUGUCACGUUCUUCAUGAUUUACAAAAUGGUACCUCGAUAUGGCACACGAAAUCCACUCGUAUACAUUUCGAUCUGUUCGUUGGUUGGUUCGGUCUCGGUUAUGGCAAUCAAGGCCUUUGGUAUUGCCUUGAAGCUUACAUUUGCCGGUAACAACCAGUUCACUCAUCCUUCGACGUAUGCAUUCGGUAUUGUCGUGGUAGUCUGCAUCAUUACCCAAAUGAAUUACUUUAACAAGGCUUUGGAAACCUUCUCGACUAACGUCGUUAAUCCAAUUUACUUUGUCUGUUUCUCGACUGCAACAAUCACUGCAUCAGCUAUCCUGUUUCAAGGUUUCAACACUGAUAAUCCAGUCAACACGGUUUCUCUGAUCUGUGGUUUUGUCAUUAUUUUUGCUGGCGUUUAUUUGCUCGAUUCAAUUGCUCGUGGGAAUGCCUCUGGAUCGCAUGAUCGAUCAGGACGUCGACACGACGAAGAGAUCUACGACGAGGAUGAACGAUUAUUAUUGAGCGAAGCGACAUUGAUGGAUAAUGAAGAUGCCCUUGGAUUAACGGAUUUGAACGAACCUGGAACUCCUCGCUCAAAUAGUGGCCGUCAUACACCAUCAUCACCACGAUCGCCACGAUCGCCCCGGUGAACAAAUUUACAAAAAAAACAGUGGGAAAGAAGUUAUACAUAGACAACAACCUACCUACCCAUCUUUCUACAUAUAUAUAGUACUCAUUACCCCUUCCUUCUUUUAUUAUGCAUACCAAUGCUGCAUCUUUUUUCGAAGAUUAUGUACAAAACGCAAUGACAACACUCAAC